AUUGUAUUGCAUCUUCCAUCUCAUGCGUCACAAAAUAUGUUUUCAUGUUCGUCUUGUGGGGCAUUCUUCAUCAUAUUCCUUUUAAAUCCCAUUUUUCAUCUCAUAUUUCACAAAAAUUUACAAAAAAAAUGAAAUUCCACUCAUCCACCCGAAGAAAAAAGAAAGAGAAGCCAGCCAUGCCUUGGAAAAUUGGAGUUCCCAGAUCUGCUCUGUUCUUCCUUCCCUGUCCGCCGGCUGCUCUUGCUUGCGGGUGUGAUUUUCAGUCUUUCUUGAAUUUUCCUUCCUUGCUGUCGGCUUCUCUCCCAAACUGCAGCUCGGUUUUGCUUGCUAAAUUAUGUGGAGUUACUGUUCACGUCGGGGUCACUGUUCACGUCGGGGUCACUAUUCACCGGUUACUGUUCACACCCCGAGGGCCAACAUUUAACGGGAAUUUAAGUGAUUAGUUUGUGAUAUAAGAACCAAUUUGGAGAUAUUUGAUCAUAUGGAGAUUUAUGGAAAUAGCAUUGUGAUUAGGAAUGAUCCUAAUGAUGAGUUUACCUUGAAUUUGUGAUAGUCCGGUAUUAAUUCUGAGGUGUUUUGAUUAGGUUCCCGAUCGUUCUGUCAGUUAGUGCGUGACUUUAGUGCUCGGUUUUAUGCGAGUGAGGUAAGUAAAAUUAUGGUAACGCCCUUCGACUUUUCAAGCAUGUUUUGAUUUGUUUUUGAAAUGGUGGUGGGACUAAACCCGUUUUACACAAGUAUGACUGAUUUGGAGUGAAAUGUUUUAUGCUUUUCAUUAAAUUGAGCAUGCCUACUUGAAAUUUAAGUGAUUGUCCUGAUGAUCUGAAAGUGAUUGUGAAUUGUGAUUUUCCUGUUAACUUCAGCCUGUUUUGUCUCCGAUAUGGUCAUGUUAUCCUGUUGCCCGCUAGUGGGAGUGUUAAACGCUAGCACAUGUCGACAUGUAUUUCUGUAGAACCGGUUCGUUUCUGUUAUCCUGCUAGUGGGAGUUAAACACUAGCAAUUCCUGUUGCCUGCCAGUGGGAGUGUUAAACAUUGGCCGUGACCUAUGGAGGAGACGUUUAUUUCGUGCCCGUACUGUAUCCGUUUUUCGUGAUUGUACUUGUUGGCAUGCUAUAAGUUUAAUUAAAGGCACUCCAUAUUUACUUACUGAGUUUAUCUCAUAGUUUUUCCUUUUCCACCAUUUCAGGAAGUGAAACCGAGGACAGGGAAACCAUGGGAAGUGACGAGUUAGAAGGCUAGCCAUAUUGUAAUUUGAUAUGAAUUUUAGAAACAAAUCAUGAUCUUGUAUUUGGAGAUAUUAUUGGAGACUUAUGAUAUCAGAGUAAAUUUUAAAGAUUUGA